AUGGAGGGCGAUCUGCCCUGGUGCUUUGGAAGCAGCAGCAACAACUGGGACCUGCACGCCAUGGUGCGUUUCGCCUGUGGCGGUGGCGGCCGAGUCACCCCGGCGCCGAACUCAGACGAAUCCUUCUUGUCUGGGCUGCCGCCGCAGCCGCAGCAGCAGAUGGACACCGCCGCGUCGUGGCAGCCGCUUCCGGCUGACCCUGCCCUCGAAGACCUCUGCCUCCAGGCCCUCCUCGCCGCCGCGCCCAAGCCUGAGACGCCGCAGCCAGCAUCGCCAAGAAACGAAACGCCGCCCAAACCACCCACUUCCUACCGCAACGCCGGCGGACCCACACGAUCGAGGAGGAAGAAGAAGAAGAGUCAGGUGAGCAAGGAGGUGACGCGGGUGCCCGCCGGCGCGCCGUCACCGGACCCCUGUGCGUGGCGCAAGUACGGACAGAAGCCGAUCAAGGGGUCGCCGUACCCGCGCGGCUACUACCGGUGCAGCACCGACAACGACUGCAAGGCGCGGAAGCAGGUGGAGCGCUGCCGCGACGAUCCGGCCACCUUGAUCGUCACCUACACCGGCGGCGACCACAGCCACCCCGUCCCUCUCCACCGCAACUCCCUCGCCGGCACCACGCGCAACAAGGCGCAGCCGCCAGCGUCCACCUCCCCCGGCGAGGAACCUCCACAGCUGCAGCAGCAGGUUGCGCCAACCGCGUCGUCGGCCGACACCAAACAGCGGCAGGGCUCGCCGUCCGCGCCUGCCGGGAUGUUCCCCGCGACUCCGCUACAUUGUCCGCGGCCGCGGGCUGGUGUGGAGCGCGAGGAAGAGGACGAGGCAGAGGCCGUCGCCGCCAGUCUGCUGCUCCAAGAUGCGGAGAUGGAGGGAGAAGAUGACGUGCUGCAGUUCCUCAAGCCCGCUGCGGGUCCCGAUGACGGCACUGUCUGCAAGGACACCAUGCUAUUCCCGGAGCCCAACGAAGCAGAUCCGGGCGGAGGCUGCUGGGUGGACGACGUCAAGCUCUCACCCCUCAGUAACCACGAGCCUCAGCAGAACGUCCAUGAACAUUGGCGAGGAGAAAUUCCCAGUCACGGGCCUUCCGCCGUGGGAGGCAGCUGCAGCGAUACCGGCAGCGAGCAGCUGGGCGCCUGGGCCUGGGCCUGA